AUCCAGGAUGUCUUGUCGUUUUCCCUCCAGAGGGGAGUGGAUCGCGGCUGCUGGCUGGAGAAGAAGACAUCGGGUACUGCAGAGCAGGGCAGUACAUUGUCAUGGAGUCCCUCGGCGUUCUCUUGACGCAUCCGAUGAAUACGUACCUCGAAGCCGAGCUGGAUCGUCGGUGCAAGCUUUUCCGGCUGUGGGAGCCGCCGCCGGCGAGCCGUAAGGAUUUCCUCCGCGCCAACUCGCCGUCAAUCCGCGCAUUGGUUGGCAACUCGACGGUGAGUGCGGACGCCGAUAUAAUCGAAGGCAUCGUUGCCUGUUACAGCGUCGGCUUUGAUAAAGUCGAUCUCGCCAAAUGCCGGGCGAGGGGCAUUCGCGUCACCAACACUCCCGAUGUGCUCACAGACGACGCUGCAGACCUAGCAAUCGCCCUCUCCAUCGCAACAUUGCGGAAGAUCUGCAGUGCAGAGCGUUACUUAAGGAGCGGGGCAUGGAAGGCCAAGGGCGACUACAUGAUCGCUUCCAAGUUCAGUGGCAAAACAAUAGGGAUAAUUGGUCUCGGGAGGAUCGGCUCAGCCAUUGCCAAAAGAGCUGAAGCAUUUGGAUGCUUCAUCUGCUACAAUUCAAGAAUACAGAAACCAAACACAAACUACAAAUACUACCCCGACGCCGUCUCGCUGGCGAAGGACUCUGACGUGCUCGUGGUGGCAUGCCCGCUCACCGCCGAAACUAGGCACAUCGUCGACCGUAACGUGAUGGAUGCUCUCGGUCCGAACGGCGUGCUCAUAAACAUUGGUAGGGGAUCUCAUGUUGAUGAGGGCGAGCUCGUCAAGGCGUUGAUGGAGGGCAGGAUUGGUGGGGCUGGGCUCGACGUGUUUGAGCACGAGCCUCAUGUGCCGGAGAUCUUGUUUUCGCUCGACAAUGUGGUGCUGACACCACACGUUGGAAGCGCGACGGUCGAGACACGACGAGCCAUGGCCGACCUGGUGCUUGGAAACCUGGAGGCGCAUGUGAUGAACAAACUUUUGCUUACUCCGGUGCUAUGAUUGAAUUUGUGAGAUUGUUUUUAUAUGGAGCUUUGUAUUCUUGAGGAUUAUUUUUGGGUAGAGAAUGACAUUGACAUUGAUAUUGAAUUGACAUAUGUUUGAAUAGCUUUAGCCUUUAGUGUGGGCCACAAGGAAUGGGGGCAACAUAUAUAUGUUUCUCUUA